CCUCACCAACCUACCAGCACAACUGCAGCGACGUCUUGUGGUCGCGCCAUUCUACGCUUCAAACAGGCCUGUCUACAGUCUUACUAGCAGAUAAAACGAUAAUAGCAGUACGGAUACGUUGACUGUCGCGAUUACUGGCGUCUAGCAGGUGCGCGGCUGAGGUUUGUCGGGGCUCACAAAGGUCCUAUAUACCACACCAUACCACUUACCUUGCUGAGAGGGACACCCUGUCGCGGGAGCUUUAGACGGCCAUGUCGAAUCAGCAGGUGGGCACGGUUUACGACCGUGUCAUCCAAGAGGUAUGCGAGGCCUCGCAAGUCGACUUUGAAGAAGGCGGCGUGGACCAGACGACGCUGGAAGAGAUGCGAACGAGCUGGCAGCAAAAACUCACCCACCUUGGUGUUGCGCAUUUCCCCUGGGACCCUCCUCCGCAGCCUACUCCUCCUCCCUCCCAGCCUGCGAAUCCAGUCCUCCCCCCUACCGUCCCUUCAAAUGCACCUCGUCCAGCCCCUCAGCAGCAACCGCCGCCGGCCAGUCUUCCCCCGCAAGCUGCGAUCCCAGCCUCUGUCGCCAACAAUGGUCCACCCAGCGUCAAUGCCGGACCUACCAUCAAAACAGAGCCUGGUCUUAAUGGACAGCAUACGCUUCCGCCAGUCAGCACCGCACCACAGGGACUGACAAAUGCACAAGCACUUGCUCGAGAACGUGCGAUGAAUAACCUGCAUUCCAAGUACGGAGCCGCCGCUGCUGGAUCUGUCAGUCAACUUCAGGCUCAAGGCCAAGUAGCUUUGUCCCUCCCCGGCCAGCAGAGACCCCUAAAUGGACAGGUCCCUCAAGAUAUCAAACCGCCUCAACCAUUGCAAGGCAUUGCACCGUCUCAACAAGCAGCCUAUAAUCCCACACAAACGGAUGGUUCCGGCGACGCCCUCGACGACUGGAAAGCAGAAGUAGCCCGUCGACGUGAAGCUGCCAAACGAAACAACGGCGAGGCCGACAGGCUAUUAUUCGAGCAAUUAAAGUUUGACGCUUUACGUCUCGAGGGCGGUGGCCUCAUGCUUCCUCUCAACGAGCGCGCAGCUGGUCUCUCGUCCAGGGUCCCAUCGCAGCGCGUACCAGCCCCGCCUGCGCCGUAUGACGGAGCGGAUGACGAGGAAGACGAGGAUGCGAUUAAUUCUGAUCUCGAUGAUCCUGACGAUCUCGCAGCCGAAGAUCCCGAGGGUGAUGAUGCCGUCGGACAGGUCAUGCUGUGCACGUACGACAAAGUCCAGAGGGUCAAGAAUAAAUGGAAAUGCACUCUCAAGGACGGCAUUCUCUCGACAGGUGGUAAAGAAUAUGUCUUCCAUAAGGGACAGGGUGAAUUCGAGUGGUAGUUCGUCCGACUUGCUAAAAUUGUCUCUCGAUUUUCGGUCCCCUUCACCAAUCAAAAUAUCUAGAUCCUUUCACUCGUAGUUGUAUACUUAUUCUUGGGGAACGGCGUUGGUUUUGAAUAUUCUUCCGCUGCAACGAAGCAGCCAAUCCAUCUCAGUU